AUGGUGCAAGCCGCAAUCAAAAUUAUGGCUGAAGAUGCUGGGAUUCCCCAAGUCCCAAACUCAGUUCUAGCGGUCGAGAUCGUGGGCCCUACUUCAGCGCCUCGGGAUGACCCUGUUCUUCCUCCCACCGACAUUGCUCCAGCUUCAACUCUAGCUCCUAUCGAUGCUGCUCCCGCUUCUACUACUGUGCCUUCCCCUCAAGGUGAAGCUUCUACUAUUCUUGUCGAUGCAACGCUGACUCUUACUCUACAAGUAUUGAUGAACUUUUUGGUGACAUUGGAGGAGGUAUUGACGGCGAG